AUGGAUACAAAGUUACGGUUACCAGAUUUAAAAACUAACUUACAGAAAAUUUGUAGAACUUGUUUGAUAGGAAAAGACAAUUUACAAACAAUUUUUCGUAUUUUAGAUUUAUUAAGAGAAUGUACUUCAAUACAAAUUAAUAUGGAUGAUAAUUUACCAAAAUUAAUUUGUCUCGAUUGUACUAACAAACUUAAUACUGCAUUUGAAUUCAGACAACAAUGUGAAGUGUCUGAAAAAAUUUUGUUACAACUGAGGGAAUUCGGAGAAACACCUGAAAUUACUGUUAAACUAGAAAGUAACGAAUCAAAUUCUCUAAUACAAAUAGAAAAUUUAGAAACAAAUGAAAUAUAUAUCAAAUCGGAGAACUCUUACAAUACAAAUGAAAAUAAUUUCGAUGAGUAUAAUAAUAAUGAAUUUAACGAUGUUCAUUCAACCAGUGUACAUUCGGUUUUCGAAACUUCUCUUAGUGAAACUAAAAAUAUGUCGGACGUAUCAAAGACACAAAACAUUCGAUUAGAAAAUGAAAAUGUUAACCUCUCGAAGAAUUAUUCACCUUUAAAUAUAAUACUAAAGGCCAAAAACGAAGAAUCUCAUGAAGAUAAUGAUAGUGAUAUUUCUUGGCAAAGUAGUGAUGAAUCUGUAACUUUAAGAAAAAGUAAACGUUAUACAAAAUCUAGUAAACUAAAAAACGAGGCAGAGUUGGAGAUAACAAAAAAUGGAUUAUCAUGUUCAAAAUGUAAAAAAUCUUUUGAAUUAGAAACAGAUCUAGAGAUUCAUAUAUUGAAACAUAAAACGUUUAAUGACUUUAUUUGUCCUAAGUGUUCAAAAUCUUUUGAAAACUCAAUAAAGUUAAAAAGACAUCUUAGCACACAUAUGACUAACAAGCCCUAUAAAUGCAAUUUUUGUGAUAAAACUUUUAUUGCUGCUUGCGACAGAAAUCGUCAUUCCCUAGUUCAUAUUGGUAAUAAAGAUAACGAUAUUUUCGUACAAAAUAGUGAUGAAGCUAUAGCUUUAAGAAAAACUGAAUAUAAUAGAAUUAUAAUAAAAAAUGGACUUUCAUGUCGUCAAUGUAAAAAAUUUUUUGAAUUGGAAUCUGAUUUAGAAAUUCAUAUGUUUAAACACCAAAAAUUUGAUGAAUGUAUAUGUCCCAAAUGUUGCAAGUCUUUCGAAAAUGAAACAAAGUUAAAAAGACAUCUUGACAUACAUCUGAUUAAGAAACCAUAUAAAUGCAACGUUUGUGAGAGAAGUUUUAUUACAGUUCAUGACAGAAAGCGUCAUUUACUAAGUCAUAAGGAAAAAACGUAUAGCGAUAAUAUUCCUAUUCAAAAUAGUGAUGAAUCUAUGAAUUUACGAACAAAUGAAUUUGAAAACAUUACAAUAGAAAAUGGAUUUUUAUGUUCUCAAUGCAAAAAGUUUUUUGAAUUAGAAGAAGAUUUAAAAAUUCAUAUAUUAAAACAUCAAAAAUUUGAUGAUUUGAUUUGUCCUAAGUGUUCAAAGUCUUUCGAAAACGAGCAAGGUUUAAAACAUCAUUUUGAUACACAUCUGAUUCACAAACCGUAUAAAUGCAAUUUUUGUGAUAAAAGUUUUGUUAAUUCUGAUGAUCGAAAUCGUCAUUCUCGUACUCAUACAGGUGAAAAACCUUAUGUAUGUUCGACUUGUGGAAAACGAUUUACAGAUGGCCGUAGAUUGUCAGCACAUAUGAAAUAUCAUCUUGGAGUUAGAAGUUUUGUGUGUACAAUUUGUUCUAAAUCAUUUAUAUUUAAACGAGAGCUUCGAAUUCAUAUGCGUAUACAUACUGGUGAAAAGCCUUAUUUAUGUAUGGAAUGUGGAGAAAGUUUUAGUCAAUCCUACAGCUUAACUAAACAUAAACGAAAACAUACGGGAGAACGUCCAUAUUCAUGCACAGAAUGUGAUAAAAGUUUUACAUUAAAUAAAUAUUUAAAAACGCAUAUGCUGUCUCACACUGGUGAAAAACCUUAUAUGUGUAAAAUUUGUGAUGCCAGCUAUACUUCGUCUGGUUCUCUUAUUAUACACAAUCGAUCACAUACUGAAUUAUCAAGUCUUCCGAAGAUUUGUCGAACCUGUUUAAUGGAUAAACACCACUUAGAAGAAAUUUUUGGGUUUUUAGAUUUAUUAAAAGAAUGUACUUCAAUACGAGAUAAUUUACCAAAAUUAAUUUGCAUCGAAUGCAUUAACAAACUUAACAAUGCUUUUGAAUUUAGAAAACAAUGUGAGAAGUCUGAAAAUAUUUUAUUACAUAGUAGAGGAAUUGUAGAAACAAAACCUAAUAUUAAAGUCGAUAAAAAUCUAUCAUCCGUGGAAAUCGAAAUAAUAUCUGAAGAAACUGUAAAAAAUGAAAAUAUUGCGGAAACUGAUCAAAACAUAAGUGGCGUGUUUAGUUUUGUGGAAGCUAAACCUAUAAGUAAUGUAGAAAAGAUUAAUAAAACUACUAUUAGUGAAAAUGAAAUAAAUUUAGACAUUUCCAAGAAACAAAAUAACUUGAAAAAUGUAAAUACUGAUUCUGAUAAUCAGCAUAGACAAAUUAUCAAAAACAAAGAGAGUUCAGAUCAUUUAUAUUAUACACAAUUGAAUAACAAAUCGUACAGAUGUAAUGUUUGUAAUAAAAGUUUUGAUAUUCUGGAGGAAAUAAAUCGACAUUUACAAACUCAUUCUGGUGAAAAACCUUACAUAUGUUCAUCAUGUGAUGCACAAUUCACAGAAUCCAGCGCAUUGUCAAAACAUAUAAAAGAUGAUCUUUGUGAAAAAAAUUUCGUGUGUAAACUUUGUUCCAAAUCGUUUGUGUUUGCACAACAACUUCGGCGGCAUAUGCGUAUACAUAAAGGUGAUAAUCCGACUACUGAUGAAAAAUCUUGUACUUGUAGCGAAUGUGAAGAAAUUUUUAAUGAUACAAGAAGCUUAAGAAAGCAUAUGUUAAAACAUAAAGGAGAACAACGCUUCCACACAUGUAUAGCAUGCGAUAAGAGUUUCCAAACAAGUUCACAUUUAAAAGAACAUAUACGUUCACACACUGGUGAAAAACCAUUUGUAUGUCAAAUUUGUGGUGCAAGUUUUGCUAGAUCAGGUUCUCUUGUUAUACACAGUCGAGCACAUACUGGUGAAAAACCAUAUUCUUGCGAUAUUUGUGAAAAUGCUUUUGCAUCAAAUCAGCAAUUAAAAGCACAUAAACAAUCACAUAUUUGUGAAAAACCAUAUUUAUGUUCAGACUGUGGAGCCAGUUUUAAAUAUACCCAUAGUCUCCAAGUACAUAUGCGAAAUCAUACUGGAGAACGUCCAUUUUCAUGUACAGAAUGUAAUAAGAGUUUUACAAAAAAAGCAUAUUUAACGGAACAUACACGUAUUCAUACAGGUGAAAAGCCAUUUGUGUGUCAAAUAUGUUUAACAAGUUUUCGUAAAUCUGACGCUCUUGUUUCACACAGCCGAAUACACACGGGAGAAAAACCGUAUUCUUGUAAUGUUUGUGAAAAGACUUUUGUGUCCAAUCAAGCAUUAUCAAAACAUAACACACGAACGCAUAAUAAUAAAAUAAAAAAUGAAAAUAAUCAAUCAAUUACUGAGGAAAAAUCGUAUUCGUGUGAUAUUUGUGAAAAGACUUUUAAAACAAGUUAUAUCUUAUCACGUCAUAAACGAGAAACACACAUUGAAGGAAGACCGUAUUCUUGUGAUGUUUGCCAAAAAACUUUUAAAUAUAGUAAAAACUUUGCACAACAUAAACGAACAAAUCAUAUAAUAGACUAAGUAAUAAAAAGAUAAUAAUAAUUGUCAGAACUGUUAGUAUUGCCAUAAAGUUUAUGUUAAAUUUUUUACUUGGAGAGAAUUAAAAGAAACAAUUAAACAGAAGGAUAUUUUAUUUUUGAAACCAAAUAUACCGUUAUAUUGAUUAAAGCUACCACAAUGCUCAAAGGUACCAAUUCUCAAACUUAUUCUACAAUAGAAGUAGGAAGACGUUUGUCAACAAUAUUGAAUACCAGACAGGUCAUCUGUACAGGUACACCGUAGCAUAUGUGUCAGCCACUGCAGGCAAACCUGUGCAGAUGACCAGAGAAGAAUCGAAAUUCUAUCCUUAUUAUCUCUCGUAUAUGUAACUCUAUUGGAUUUUUUUUAUCUGUUUCAUUUUUGUUAUCUUGAACGUUUUUUAUUUUAUUUUUUGAUAACUCUGUACUGUUUUAACUACGGGUUGAUUAGGUUGAGAUUGUCGACUAUAGAAGAGUUGUUUGGGUUCUGAAAUUUUUAGCCCUUGCGUUCAAAAAUGGGACACUAUUGCAGAAAAUGGAAAUAUUAUCGUAAACGAUAUAUAAAAGUACAAGUUAAAGUUACAUGCUUAUCUUUUAAUAUAUAAAAGAUAUGCGAUCGCGCCACAGUCAAGUGAUUGUGCUAUGACUAGAAGUUAGUGCCACAAGCAGAGGACACGUCGUUUUUGUAUUCCUUCUCGAUCCAUUUACCGUAGCGUGUGUGCUCUAGCCUGCACAGGUAUGCGUUACAUGUAUGCCCAGCCUAAGGAAAAAUUAAGAAGAAUGAACGUUUAAUGUUUUGUGUAUUUUAACUGCCUUAGAUUUUUAUCCAAAUCACAAACUUCAUAAGAUUUCAUCUAAUAUUUUUUAGUCUGGAAGCUUAUUCUACCACCGAAACGAACAGAUUUUUUUGAAAAAAAAU